AUGCCCCCUCAAGGCAUGCAGCAUGCGCACCCAGGUAUGGGCGGCCCUGGCCCGAACCCAGGCCAACAUGGAAUGCCACCGGGAAUGCAGCACGUCUCCGGCCCCAAUGGUCCUGUCAGUCAGGCUGGACCCAUGAUGGGCAUGCAGCCAGGCAUGGGUGCUAAUGCGCAUGCCCUCUCACACCUACAGCCUCAGCAGCACAUGUUCCCUCAACAGCAGCAACAUCAGAUGAUGAACCCUGCAAUGAUGCAACAGCAACGGACAGCCCAGCAAGCAUUCAUGCACCGGCAGCAACAGCAGGCCAUGCUUGCCCACCAACAAGGCGGUAUGGGAAUGGGUUUCCAGAAUCCCAUGAACUUGAACCAAGCACAAGCACAACAGUUGCAAGCAAUGAGGAAUGGACAGAUGGGCCAAGGACCGUUUGUCAACCUUCCUCCCCACCUGCUCCAGCAACAACAGCAGAUGGGUGGUCAACAUCCUGGAGGCCCGCAACAACAAGCUGCCAUGGCCCAAGCAGCUCAACAACACGCUCAUCAACAACAACAAAUGCAGGCACAACAGCAGGCGAUUGCUAUGCAACAUGCCCAAUCUCAGUCUAGCAAUCACAGCCAGGCAGGGAACCAGGGACCGCCACAAACCUCUCAGCCUCAGCAAGGGCCUCUUCGUCCUCCAUCCGCGAUAGGCAGUCAUCAGGGACAGUCGUCGCCAGCUCCUCAACCUACGCCUCAGCAACAGCCACAGCCACCACCACCGCAGCCACAACAGCAGCAACAACAGCAACAGCAGCAGGCUCAGCAGCAACAGCAGGCCCAGCAACAAGCCCAGCAGCAGGCUCAGCAACAGGCUCAACAACAGGCCCAGCAACAAGCUCAACAACAGCAACAGUCAUCCCAACCGCCACAAUCAGGCCCAGGGCCACAACAGCAGACGCCUGCUCCAUCCCAACCGCCCAACCUACCUCAACAAGCAAACCAACAGGCUCAAAACCAAAUGCAACAACGGAAUCCAGCACUAGUACAACAAGCUCAGGCACAGGCUCAAGCGAACGCUGCCCAAAACCAGGCCCGUCAAAUGGCAAUGAUGAAGCAGCAACAAGCACAGACUGUUUCUUCAGGCCAGGGAACACUGAAGUUGCUAAACUUCGUGGAACAAAUAGGAAACUUCAACGGCACAAACAACAACAUUGAGUGGUGGCAAGCCUUUGUGGAUAGAUUCUUCGCCGAGUCUGGAUCCUUUGUCCACAUCGUUUGCUCCUCAAGUACAGAGAGAUCUAAGCAAUUCGAAAUUGUUUACGCCGCCCUACCUCGAUACUUCUACACGCUCUUCAACACCGACGUCGCCAGCUUGCAAAUCACUCUGGAUGGAGCGACAGAAAAGGUCUCAGGUGCUGAGCUCAAAGUAACUUGUGAGCGAGCAAAGUUCAUCUACACAUACAAGAACUCUUGCCAGGUUGUGUACCAAGGCAAACUGACCGCGUUCUGGUCUGGCUCAGAUAAGCUGGAGUGGUUGCUGUUCGACGGUCUCGGCCACGAACAAUUCAUACCACUCAAUGCUCUGAAGCAGAUGUUUGUUCAACCUUCGCCGAACCAACUGAAUCCAAAUCAGUCGCCGCGGAUGAAGAAGAAGGCAGGACCACCGCAGCAACGAGGGGUUGAGCCGCCAGAAGCGUAUCUACCCAUCAACAAGCUGCUCAGUGCUAGUACUACAGACUAUGGGCUGCCUCACGGCUUGCAGGCCUAUCUUGAGAUUUACGAGCCAAUGAACCACAUGACAAGCUUGAUGGUACACUACCUCGAGAACCCUCAUAUGAAGCCAAGCGAAGCUCUGGAGUCAUGGAACAACAACAUGGCAAACACCCAAGGCGGUCCUCAAGGCCCGCAGCACCCGAACCAAGGGCCUCAACAGGGACCAGGCAUGCAACCUAACAUGCAGCCCGGCCCGCGACCAGGAGGCCCCGGCCAGCCUCAAAUGUUCAUGUCACCCGCGAUGCAGAACUCCCUUCUUCCUAACGGAUCAAUGGGUGGGUCGCCUCACUUCCAACAUACACCCUCGCCUAACUCGCAGCCCAUGAUGAAGCAACAGAGCACUAGUUCACACACCAUGAGCGUCAACACAUCUCCAAACAUGAUGAACAACAAGCGGCGGCGGAGCACAGUAAAGAUGGAUAACGAUGACGGUGGCGGAGAUAUGAACGGCGGGCAAAAGGUCAAGCAAAGCCCAAGGGUGGGAGGUAACAAGAGGAUGAAGGCGGGCAACUAG